CUCCGUUGGUAGAUUUCGCGCAUGCUCACUUUUUAGACAUGAAAUCGAUAGACUAUAAAACAGGCUAGGUCGUUUUCCUUGGAGUUUGUCUUAGAAAUAUAAAAUAAAGGGAAAACAGUUAAGGACCUAGUUUCAGUGAACACAUAGUGUUUCUGUGAAGUUGCCGUGGCGGAAAGCGAAGGGUCUGCAGUGGCGGCAGGCAACGGCCUCGCCGUGAAUAGCAAGGUAUACCCCAGCCCGGGGGCGGCGCGCGGCGUAUGGGCGCUGCCGCAGCCGCCCCCGUGCACGAUGGCCGCGGAGGAAGCCUUACCCCCGUGUUCCCCGCUGUCCCCCGACGCACCAACCACGCAACCACGCAUCACAACUAACAUCAACCACCUGUCUGACCUUUAUCAACUUAUAUUUGAAGCUGUACGUUCAGGGGAAGUAUCUGAAAUAGAACGUCUGGUGGAAAAGCUUGGUGUGGAAAUUCUCAGCGCACGUGACCAGCAUGGUUACACACCAGCGCAUUGGGCUGCUCUGGAUGGGAGCGUUGCAGUGAUGCGGUACUUGGUGGAACGUGGGGCGCCUGUUGAUCUGUCUUGUUUAGGCACACAGGGACCAAGGCCAAUACAUUGGGCAUGUCGUAAAGGCCACGCUUCUGUAGUUCAAGUUUUGUUACAAUCUGGCGUCGCUGUAAAUGCUGCUGAUUUUAAAGGAUUAACACCGCUGAUGACCGCAUGCAUGUAUGGGAAAACAGCGACUGCAGCAUAUCUAUUGGGCAUGGGUGCAGCCACCAGACUCUCCGAUAUAAACGGAGAUACAGCGCUUCACUGGGCUGCAUACAAAGGUCACGCUGACUUAGUUCGCUUGCUGAUAUACUCUGGAGUACCAUUACACUGCACGGAUAACUUUGGAUCCACACCUUUACAUCUUGCCUGUCUUUCAGGCAACCUUACUUGUGUGCGGUUGUUAUGUGAAAAGGUAAAGGCGGAACUGGAACCUCGUGAUAAAAAUGGCAAAACUCCAUUAAUGCUAGCCCAAAGUCACCGCCAUGCAGAAGUGGUUAAACUUUUACAAAAAGAAAUGAAACUGAAAUCUCAUUGGAUGCCACCGCUUUCUGAAUUAUGGGCGUUGCUCUUUGGAGGUGCCGGAGACUCUAAAGGACCACUUUUGUUUUUCCUUGUCUCUGUUCUGUUAUGGGGAUAUCCUAUGUACAUUAUACGGUGUAUACCCUUAACUUGGAAUACAUUACGUCUUUCCCACUACUGUUUUCUAUACUGGAAUGCCAUUAUGUGGAUGAGCUGGGUGAUCGCUAAUCGUCGCGAUCCAGGUUACAUACCACAAAACUCGGAGACGUAUUAUCGAGCUAUUAGACAGAUACCGUACUAUGACAAGUGGAAGAAAAGAAACGUGAUACUUUCACGGCUCUGCCAUACGUGCAGAUGCUUGCGACCGUUAAGGGCAAAGCACUGCCGCAUCUGUAAGCGUUGCGUGGCCUACUUUGACCACCAUUGUCCAUUCAUCUAUAACUGUAUCGGUGUCCGCAAUCGUAUGUGGUUCUUCUUAUUUGUGAUGAGUGUGGCCAUCAAUUGCACACUUUCUAUAUAUUUCGCAUGCUAUUGUUUGUACCUAGAAGGUUUUGGCUUGUUAUACGUUCUGGGAUUGUUAGAGGCAAUAACUUUCUGCGCAUUAGGAUGGAUACUGACUUGCACAUCGAUACUACACGCAUGCAUGAAUCUAACAACUAACGAGAUGUUUAACUACAAACGGUACCCGUAUUUACGGGAUAAGAGAGGCCGCUAUCAAAACCCGUUUUCGAGAGGACCCAUUAUGAAUUUAAUCGAAUUUUUCGUAUGUUUGCCGGACAAGUGUGAUGAACAAGACCUUUUUUAUGAAGAAAACAUAUGAUGUGAAACUCCGAGGCAGAAUUACGUGGUACCUAUACGGACUCGACACGUAAUUGUGUGGCCCAGUGACGUUAAAACUGAGAAUAAACUCAAACACAUGCUCUAACGUAUUAAAUAAAACGCGAGUUUUAUAACUCACAAGCUUACUUCGGUGAAUAAAUGUUAUCUGUACAUAAUAUUCCUACACACAUCUUUCUUGCCAAUUUAACAUGUUUUGGCCCUUACCACAGAUAACAUAAUACUAUACCUUGCACUAGCUUUGUUUUUGGAUUAUCUCGAUGUAUCUUUAUCGAUGUUUAAAAUAUUGCACAAAUUGCUAUACUGCAUUAAAAUUUAAAAUCCAUUUAAUAUUAUGAGUACUAGACCAAUAAAAGAGAUUGUGUUAGUUCAAAUAUGAAUUGUUAAGUUAUAAAUUCUGUUUCCGUAUAACAACAAAAUAAAUUGACAACGGUUUGUAUAUUUUAUCAAAAAUAAUUUCUUGUCAAGGUUACUUGUUAUAUAGUGAAAAUAAUAUUGAAUUUUUUAUCGACUCAAUUGUUAUAUUUUUCAAUUGUUAUACAAAGGAAAACAAUAUUUUAUUAUUGGAUAUAAAGAAAUGAAACUACUUAUCAUUUUUGCAGUGUUAUAAUUUUACAAUUACUAAACUAUAUGUCCAGCAUAAUAGUUAUAUAAAUAAAACACUGAGUGCGAACGAUAAAUAACGAUUAAUGUAAUUAGUAUGUUUAUUUUGCCUCUACAUUAAUUAAAAUAAAUAUUUUCGAAAUCGUGUUAUUAUUUUUCGAUCUACACAUUAUUCAUAAUUCUAAAUAUCACAAUCCUUUGCACACAUCAGUCAUACACAUUAACGAUGCCUCUCCAACAUCCCACGCAAGUAACCAGGAUACUAGCGUUGCGGCAAUGCCAUUCAAAACAUUUUAUGUCUUAAAACCACUUAACUACAUUGUAUUAUCGUUAACAAAUGUGCGGAUUUAUUAAAGGAGUCGUAUAUAACCAGCGACCAAUGUUUUAGUUCGUUAAAAUGCAAAUAGAGACUAGCGAUAAACUUGAUCUAUUAGUCUGUGGUGCUAAUACUGAUGUGUUAUCUACACAUUAUCGCGCUGCGCACACGGGAAUAUUACAGAUACUAUACUUCUAUUUGGAAUAAAAUCAGUUAUUAAAAGGUUAGUAAAAAUAUAUUUUAUGCGAAAACAGUUUGUGGUAAACAAUAAAAUAUCACAAGCGGGUUAUCGUAAUCCCCGCGCCACCCGAUGCACGCAGCGUGUUACAAUGGUUAUUACGACUUAAAACUAUUAUAUCUCGUUCACAGUCUCAGAAAUCAGUGCGCAAAUAAUAACUAAGAAAUACUACAAGCGAAAAUAUACUACAUCGAUAUUCGACAGCGAACAUAAAUUAAGUAUUCGAAUAGACUUACAAAGCGAAUAGAAGCGGCGCUCAUAGACCGAUCUUUAGAUUCGAUAAA